AUGAAUUUUGCAAUGUACUGGUAUAAUCAGCUUCGCUAGGCUUCACUGUGUAAAGGGGUUAAAAAUUCAAAUGAUUAGCUAAUUAAGUCGAGAUUAGCUAGCUAGCUUGGACUGUGUAAUGUGUUUAGAGCUGUGAUUGAGUUGGGAUGUUCCAUGCCAUUUGAGAUGCUUCUCACAUGAGGAAAGGAGGGAGAUGUGAUGAAUGUGUCGGUGUGUCUAUAAUAUUGUGCUGAUGUUGAAUCUGGAUUUGUGGGUUGAAUGGAGUUUUGAACCUUAACUAGUGCGCAAUAUGAUAUUUAAGAAGAAGAAAAAACAUUUUUUGUUACCUAUCUCUUUUCAUUGCUAUGUCACUUGAGAAAAGUAUUUGAUACACAUGUAAAAAACUGUCAGAAAUUCAUAUCAAGUUGAUCAAAGAUUUGUACAUUUGCGUAUGACACAAGUGAGGUUCAUAGAACACUUCCAUCGAUGAGUUCUCAUCCGAGGUACUUUUAGUUUAGUUUCUUUGAAAAAUAAAUAAAAUUUAAGUAUUUAAUAAAUGACAAUAAAAUAAUACUAAUUGAUAAUGUUGCUGUUAUGGAAAGCAUGCUUGAAAGUCUUUUCACCUGGUAACCAUCAAAUCCACAACCAUAUAUUAUAAUUUUAUAUGCAUACAGUAAACAAAUAAGAAGGGGCUUCAUGUCUUCAUUUUGUUACCUUUCCUCAUUUCCUGUGUAGAGAGAACCAUAAUCUCUUGCUCUCUCUGUGGUUGUUUCUUUCCUCCCAUAACUUUUCUCUUUCAGCGACAUCCUUCUUUUUUUUUUGAAACACUCAGAGACAUCCUUCUUGUAGGAUUCUUUCUAUACUAUAUCUCACCAACAAGAGUAGAAAACAAGUGCUUUGAAACUUUGAGUCACAAACGUCUACAUUCAUUAGUGAGAUUUUGCAUCAUAGAUGCAAAUGCAACAGCUUGUGCCCAAUGCCUUGAUCUUUGUUCCUGUUGGGGAUUGUCCCCUGCACAACUCAAAUUCACAAUGACUAAUCUAUGUAUUGUUUCCGUAAAAACAAGAUAUGUGGCUACACCUAAAUGUUCAAGUGUGAUGUGUUUGAGUAUGAGUUUGUAUGAGCAUAAAGUAAUGAACACAGAAAUUUGUUAACGGGUUCGUUUUCUACAUCCCCAUCCAGAGGCGGACGCAAAGGCAAGCUCAUGGGGGCAUGUGCCCCCAACUGUUUUUCAAUUUUCCUUAAGUAAUUAUUGUAAAGCCUAAGAAAUGCCUUCAACUCAAAAAUUAAUCUUAAUGGAAACAAUCUUGUGCCCCGGACUACUUAUGUUCCUACAUCUGCUACUGUCCCCUUCCCCGAGACCACGUCCAGAACUCAUUUACUAGAAAAGAACACAAACGAUUUUAGAUUUGGUUACGGGUCUGUCUAGAUGUAUGUUCUUCCUCUGCUGGCUGCGUGUGACACCAAUUAACACGGCCAACAAAGAAGCUUCUACGGGUCGGGUUGAUCAGAAACUCUUCUCUAUCCUGUUUUCUGCCUGAAAAUUUCGCCGACACAGCCACGUAAACCCUCACAAAAGAGACUCAAGUAGGCUUUAAUGGAGGAUUAGAAAAGUAGUUUCCACCAUUGAUUUAUGAAAUGGAGUCAAGCUAUUUUCCCUCCAUUGUUUAAAUUUGAUACAAGGACUCAUUCCAUAUAUUUAGAGACCUUUCUUUGUUUAGAUUCUUGACCCCUUAAAAGAAAACGAGUUUUAGAAUUAUCCUACUCUAAAAGAAUAUACAUUGACCAAACUUGAUAGUUUUCCUAUUUUAAGAUUCAAGUAAAAUUUAAGAAUUUUACUUAUAUUAUCAAAGUAUAUUUCAAUUAAAAUAAAGUCAUGAAUUUUAUUUCAAAAGCAUGAAAAGAAACUCAAACGUAUAUGUUUUCCUCUUCUAACCAAUUUUCUAAACAUAGCUUUCUCGAUUAAUCCUCUCUACCAUACAUUGUGUAACUAUUUUCUGUUUCUCUUUCCGACACAAUACCGAAAAAUGAGAAAAAACCAAUAACCUUUUUGUCUUGUUGAGGUUUCUGCUUCUGUUUCCAUGGCUUUGAUCAUACAUUGUUAGGUUACAGAGAGGAGAAGAAACAAGCCUCCAGUUUUCUCUGCUGGUGCUUAAGCCAUGAACGAGAAAACGCGGAAUCUAUGUUCCCUCAUCUGUUUCUUCUACGUUCUUCUCGUUUCCCCUUCUCAAUCUAACGCUAAAGACGUUGCGUUGGGCUGCGGAGCGACAGAACCAUCAACUGAUCCAGACAAGAAAAAAUGGGAACCAGACACCAAGUUCUUGAAAACACCAAACACGGUUCAGGCAACAGCUACGUAUCAAGAUCCUUCGCUUCUCUCAACUAUCCCUUACAUGACAGCAAGAAUCUUUACAGCUCCUGCGACCUACGAGAUCCCUGUUAAAGGAGACAAAAGACAUUUGCUCCGUUUACAUUUCUACCCAUCAGUAUACACAGGACUCAACAUCGACGACUCUUACUUCUCCGUGGCAGCUAACGAUGUUACACUUCUAAGCAACUUUAGUGCAGCUAUCACAUGUCAAGCCCUAACACAAGCUUACCUCGUUAGAGAAUAUUCUCUUGCACCAACCCUAAAAGAUGUCUUGACCAUCACGUUAACUCCUUCUGAUAAACAUCCUAAGGCGUUUGCUUUCAUAAACGGUAUUGAGGUCAUUGAGAUGCCUGAGCUGUUUGAUACGGCUGUUCUCGUUGGUUUCGCGGACCAGACAUCUGAUGUUAAGUCCGCGAAUCUUCAGACAAUGUUUAGGGUUAAUGUCGGUGGUCAAGAUAUACCUGGAAGCAAAGACUCUGGUGGGUUAACAAGAACGUGGUACAACGAUGCUCCUUACAUAUUCAGUGCUGGUCUUGGUGUUACCCUUCAAGCAAGCGACAACUUCAGGAUUGAUUACCAGAAAAUGCCGGUUUCUACUGCUCCAGCUGAUGUCUACAAAACAGCUCGAUCACAGGGACCCAAUGGAGAUCUCAACGUGAAAUCAAACCUAACAUGGGUGUUUCAAGUUGAUACAAACUUCACAUACAUCAUGAGACUCCAUUUCUGCGAGUUCCAGCAAUCUAAAAUCAACCAGAAAGCUUUCAACAUAUACAUCAACAACAAAACCGCACAAGCGGACGCAGAGGCUGCAGAUAUAAUAGCAUGGUCUGGAGGUAAAGGUGUCCCAACGUACAAGGACUACGCAAUGUACGUUGAUACUACUAACGGAGGCGAAGAGGUUUCACUUCAGAUGACUCCUUCCGUAUUUGCCAAGCCAGAGUAUCUCGACUCGCAGCUCAACGGGCUAGAGAUAUUCAAGAUGGACACAAUGAAGAACCUCGCGGGUCCAAACCCUAGACCAUCUGACAUGAAAGCUAAUGAAGAUGCUAAAAAAGAGUUUCGAGGUGACAAAAGAGUCACAGCUUUCGUUAUUGGCUCAGCUGGUGGAGUAGCAGCGGUUUUACUAUGCGCAUUGUGUUUCACAAUGUAUCAAAGGAAACGUAAGUUCCAAGGAAGUGAAUCUUACACGUCGAGCUGGCUUCCUUUAUAUGGAAACUCCCAUACUUCUACUAUAUCGGGUAAGAGCAACAACGGAAGCCACUUAUCUAACCUAGCAGCUGGUCUAUGUCGAAGAUUCUCGUUGUCGGAAAUAAAACACGGAACUCAAAACUUCGAUGAGUCUAACGUCAUCGGAGUUGGAGGGUUCGGUAAGGUUUACAAGGGUGUGAUAGACGGAGGGACAAAAGUGGCCAUCAAGAAAUCAAACCCUAAUUCAGAACAAGGUCUCAACGAGUUCGAGACAGAGAUCGAACUUCUCUCAAGGUUAAGACACAAACACUUAGUCUCCUUGAUAGGUUACUGCGACGACGGUGGAGAGAUGUGUCUCAUAUACGACUACAUGUCACUCGGAACGCUUAGGGAGCAUCUUUACAACACGAAGAGACCUCAGUUAACUUGGAAACGACGUUUAGAGAUAGCCAUUGGAUCUGCGAGAGGGUUGCAUUACCUUCACACGGGUGCAAAGUACACGAUCAUUCACCGUGACGUGAAGACAACAAACAUCUUGUUAGACGAGAACUGGGUCGCGAAGGUUUCUGACUUCGGUUUGUCCAAAACCGGACCGGACAUGAACGCGGGAGGUCAUGUUUCGACCGUGGUCAAAGGAAGUUUCGGGUAUUUGGAUCCAGAGUACUUUAGGAGACAGCAACUAACUGAGAAGUCAGAUGUGUACUCUUUUGGAGUUGUGUUGUUUGAGAUCUUAUGCGCUAGACCAGCGUUGAACCCUAGCUUGCCUAAGGAGCAAGUGAGUCUUGGAGACUGGGCUUUGAACUGUAAACGUAAAGGGAAUCUUGAUGAUAUCAUUGAUCCUAACUUGAAAGGGAAGAUCAAUGCGGAGUGUUUGAAGAAGUUCGCUGACACGGCGGAGAAGUGUCUUUCCGACAGUGGGUUAGACCGACCGUCCAUGGGAGAUGUGUUGUGGAAUCUUGAGUUUGCGCUUCAGGUGCAAGAAACUGCUGAUGGCACGCGUCGUCGAACGCCUAGUCAUGGCAGCGCUUCGGAGGAUCUAGGCGGAGGAGGUGGUGGUGGAGGUAUGGCGGUCAACGUUAGCGCCGGUGAACAUGACGUCAGUGACUUGUCCUCGGAAGAAAAUAGUGGGAUAUUUUCUCAAAUUGUAAAUCCUAAAGGGCGAUAAAAGGUAAAUUCACAACCGAACAUUCUUGAUAUGAAAAGUCAUUUUUUUCUUAUUUUGUUUUUUUCUAUGUCAUGUGAUAGACAAAGAAGUAACUUAACUAUACAGUCUAUUCAUUCCUUUUAAUUUGCUUGUGGUUUUAUCAAUUAAUCUAAACUCAAAACAUUUGUAAAAUUAUAUAUAUGUGUGUUGUUAUAUAUGUUAUCAAGAAUAUUGUAUAAUGGUUUGAAAUUAGAAUUCUAUAUCAUUUCCCCCCUAUAUGUAUGUUGCUUUAGUUUAUAUUUAGAGAGUAAACCCGAAGAGAUUAAGGAAAAGUUUGAGGAGUAAUCAUUUUCUCAUUGGAUUUUAGAAUAAGGCCAUUGGAUUUUUGGUUAAAGAAAUCUCGACGUCCCUUUGGGAUUGGAUUCCAUCAGAUUGCUUCUAUGAAGCCCAAGACAAAAUGUUUUAUGUUUGUAAAACAUAUUGUAAGCAUAUAACAAAGAAGCUUUUAGGAAAGAAGGAGUUUGGUCGGUUCCUCUAUAUCUAUAAGCAUAUAACAAAAAAAUACAUAUACUCAUGUGGUUGGUGAAUGUUCGGAAUUUUCAUAGGCUAUAGGGAAAAUAUCUAAAAUAUCAUCUACUUUUAAACCAACUGAUUUUUUUUUUGAAGAUUUUGAAAAAGAAGAAGCAAAGAUCAAACACACAUUUUGCAAACUGGAUAUUAUAAAAUUAGCAUUGUAUACAUAUAUUUAUAUGGUAGUGUCUGUAUACUAUAUAAUGGCUCAAUGAUUAUGUUGAUGGGGAUCAUCAUAUUCACAUUCCAUAGUGGAUGUCGAACCAAAGGUCACUACCAAAGUGGAUGAUGGUACGAAUUUCAUAUUUUAUGUCUUUAUCAGCUUUGCAACCAUCCUAUAUAUCAUUUAAGUACAUAUGUUUUAUAUAUUAUGCACUUUAUACAUUGUCUAAGAAAAAAAUGCACAUCUUCAUAUCAAAACUAUUUUAGUAUUCAAUCUUCCCAGGUAUGCACCAUAUUCCAAGCGCGGCGCAUAUAUCAUUAAGUAGUAAUAGUAUCUUUUUCAAUCUUCCCAGAUAUACAACAAACGCAUCCUAAUCGGAGAAUCCAACUUGGUUAUUAUAGUUUGAUUUUCUAAACUAAAAUUACAACUAAUUUCACGAUACGGCGCACGUCACUACUAAAGCUGCACAUGGACACAUAUGUGACAUACAUGUAUAUGAUUGGAUAGGAAUGAAAUCAAAGAAAGGAAUGGUGAUAAGAUAUGCAUCGUGGGCUUGAUACGAUAUCCAAAUUAAAAAAGAUGAAAAAAGCUCCAUGCGUCAGAAAGAUUAUUGUCAACAAAAUAAUUGAUUUGCUCUUUGGCUUUUGCUCCUAAUAUUUUCGACGAUUUCGAGAACCUUAUUGGAUGCGCUCAACGUAUUAUAGUAUUAGAAAACGGAUAUACUAAUUAAAAUUUUUAAGUGGUGGAGCAGGCCAAUCUAGUGUGAUUAUAUGAUAGUGCCUUUGUAAGUGUGAAAAUUGACGAAAACGAAUCGGACAGGCCUACUUAACCUAACGAGUAGAGGACGAACAUACAACGACAAAGAAAACGACUAUGAUACAUAAAAUAUUGCUUUGAACGAUACAGAAGUUGAAUUUCUUAAAUAGACUCUCUACACAAACAGAAAACAAAUGACAAAGGCAAAACUUAUGUCAUCGCAACAAGUAAAUGGAUGAACAAAAUCGAAACAGCUAAGGUACAAAAUAAAUCUCUUUUCAGUACUGAAGCGUGGAGAAACAAACAGUUCAUUAAGUACAUGACAAGAGGCAAAGAGAAUCUUUGCCGGGUCAACUCAUGUCUGUGUCUCAUUUUGGGUCCACUCUUUUUAAUUGAAAUUUUACUUCUUGGUUUUUUUCUUCAUUACUGUGACGAGAUCUCGAGUUUAUGAAAAUAAUCAGACUAAAUUUUAAGAAAAAGUGCAAUUUUCCAGAUAUUUAAGUGAGAUUUAGAACAUAUAUCUAUAUCCGUAUCACAAAGUAAAGUGCAACGAAAUAUCUUCAUACCCUUUUACUGGAAUAGUAAUUUAAUUUUGGAUGUAAAUUAAACAAAAACAUAUGAUUGGUAUAAAUAUUAAAUGUCAAUAAAGUUUUCCAUUUUCAAAAUAAGACAAGAAACAGACAACAGUGCAUGUUCAGUCAACAUUCCAGCUACACGUGUUACGAAGAAGACAGAGACCUUUGAAUACGUGUCGCAAUCUUAUCCGUGGUUUGUCCAAGUUGCAUGCUUGAGAUUCUGAAGAACACAUAGCUGGAACAUGGACCCAUUGACGACAGGUUUCUAGUUUCAUUUUAUUUACUUUUUUUGGUUUUAACAUUACGAUGCAAUAUCUAGUAUUUUUUAAAACAGCUACAUUCAUGCUAUGUUUUGGAUUCAAAUACUAGUUUAGCUCAUCUUUAACAUAUUUUUAUAUUUUUGUAACAACAUAUUAUUGUUUUAUAGUCAUUUUAGUAUAAUCUUCUAAAAUACAUGAAUGUUUCUCUAUUUAUAGGGUAAGACAUUGGACCAAAAAUAUAUUUAUUUAAGAAUUUUUCUAUUUAUUAUAAAAUGUUAAAAUGAGCUGGAGAUACUUUUAUAGUACUAUUUUAAUUUUUAUCGUAUAUAAUAAAAUAUUAAGGAUAAAAUUCUCCAUAUCAAAUAGUAUCUUUUGCUAAGAAAAAAAAAGAACAAAACUUGUUAAUUACAGUUUCACAAU